AUGUCUUUACCGCAGCAUACGAUUGAAAACGGCGAUUCGGUACAGCAACGGAUAUCUGGAUUCAAGAGAAAGCGGACGGCUCAGGACUCUGUCGAAGAAGACAUCGCCUGGACUGCGGUUCGCUGCCAGAGGCUGCUGAGGACCAUCACUUCACGGAUAUCGUCUUUGCGUAGACUUCUCGAAACAGAUGCCACAUUUCAGACGAGUUCAAGCGGUGCCUAUAGCGAAGUCAGAAAGCACCCACCAAGGAAGACCGAGCACUGGUCCUCUGUUGAUCCCGCGUGGGUACCAAAUGGCAAGCCUAAAGGUCAAGGACGAACAUACGCCGCCAAGCCGAAACCAGUGGUCAGGAAGGUGUUGAAGGCGCGGGACCCCAAUUUAGUGUUUCCCAGCCCCUUCGUCAAACGCAUUGGAACGGCUGGUAUCUCCAAGGACGAAAGCUCGCCAAUUCGGAAAGAAGUCCAGCCGGAGAAGAAGACCCGAAGAAGCAGACAACUUCCAAUCAAGCCACAGUCAGCUAGACAACAAGCUGAGAAUGGACUGGUGUCCGCAGUCUCCAGUCUGUUGAACUUUACGAAAGCAGUCGCGCAGGUGCGAAAGGGGUCGCGCUCUCUUCUGAGUACUUGCCUACGCCAAGUACCAGGCUAUAUUGAGCUCAUCAUGGACGACAAUGAAAAUCAUGCGAACCAAGAAGACGUUGUAGCGGAGGUCUUUACCUAUCUUGAAGACUUCGGGACAAGGGAUGGCUGGCCUGGGUUAAAAGAGGUCGUCCGACGUCAAGGUAUCCAUCUUGUUGCUAAAGCUAUCAGCGACAAUGUACUGUCUGAGAACAGUAUCCGUACGAUGGUUGAUAUCUGCAGCUCGCAAGGCGCUCUCUCAGAAGGGCAUGACUUAUUGCAAGCAUGGCUCGGUCGGAACGACGCGGCCUCGAAUGACAGCCUCGAGCGUCUGGACUCUUUCUCAUCUCACCACCGAUGUACUGUACUGAAAUAUCGGACGAUCAACGAGCUUUGCAAAUCACAGAGCUCAUUAUUGGUUCGCUAUGGAAGCUCGACAAAUUUCUGGAAGGACAUGUUGAGCUCCCUCACGGGUGAUGCUUGCCUGGAAGCAACACGAUGCCUUGUAACUUGCUUGUCUACAUUUGGAGGCCUCGAUUAUGAAGGAGAGUUGAAAGCUGGAAUAAAAUCACACAUGCGAGACCUCGCACUCAAAGUCACGGUCAUGGCGACUGCGAGCAUCUUGCCUAAAGCACGUUCCUCCGGCGGUAUGGGCCUAUUCGAAGCACUACAAGCAGUAACCGCUCAUAUAUGCUUGACUCGCACAAGCAAUUCCCAGAAGCGUCGUAGACGACGAGUGCAUCUGUCCGAAUUCGAAAUAUUAUUCAUGUUGGGCUCUCAACUACUCCUGGGCCUCGAUACCAAACAGCAGACUGCAUGCGGCGUUUUGAGCUUGGACAUCAUGACAGAAGCAUUGGAUAUAUCGAACCCACCUGACAGUCCCAGGUGGCAGUCAGAAUGGCGCAUGUAUCAGGAGGAUUUCGCCGCCGAAAUCACGAAGGGCAUCGUCACCCUCGAGAAAUACAUUGGCACCACGAUAACUGGCCCACUACUCGACGGGGCACUCCAUGCGAUCGAGAGCGGAUCACCAGUCGCAUCUUUACUCAAGCAAGUGGCUUUGGAAACAUCAAACGUGCUUCGACAAAACAACGACGACCAGCUUGACUUCGAUCUGGAAGACUAUAUGAAACGCCUCAAUCAGCCAAGGGAGCCUGCUUCCAGCAUGCAGACGCCACAUCGUGGCAACCAGAAUGGGCGAUUUCGGUGGGAAGAGGGUCUUUGCGAAUGGGUUACCGCAACGCCAUUUCUUGCACGUGCGCCCUCUGAGGGACAGGCGGACUCUGGAUCUGAGGUCGACAAGGAUGGAGACGAGCUCGCCCCAAGUCCUGAGUGCUCACCAGACGUGCUGGCACUGUCACCGCCAUUGGAACGACGACGUGUGCAAGUCAAGAGUCCGCUGUGGGGCAGGAAGGUGACGAAGGGGGUUGUAGUUUUGCCUGCCCAGAAACCACGAAGCGCCAGACAUAGCGAGUCUUGUCACAUUGGAUACGAGAGUGGGGAUGAGCUAUCGUUUUGA